CUCCAACUUAUCGCCAGAUCUUUGCUGUUCCCUACUGCCGACUAACUACGGUAUACUUGCCUUGAUAUUUUUCUGGAUUCCAUGUGGAAAAUUGGAAUGGAUGUGGGAAGCAAAGCAAAGCGCAUUUCCACAAUAAUUUAGUAAACAACAAAUCACUCCGCCCCCCUCUUCGCUCUUUUUUAUUUCUUUCAUUCAUCGUUUCGCCCAUUGCGCUUCGCCAUCGGCCUCGCUACCCUUUUCGAACUUUUUGUUUCUUUCUUCUUUCAUCACUUUCCACGUGAUUUUCAAUACUAUCAUUCAUCCCGUCUAUCAUUCAACAGCCCCAUUCAUUACUCCUGUGGCUACUCGUGCUCUGCAUUAGCCCCCCCGUGGCUGUCUGCAUUGAGCCUUUGUCUCACUACGACCAACAAUUAAACAAAACAAAACGAUCAUUAACCUAGGGGUAGUAUCCCCGCCUUGACUUUCUUUGAUGGAGGAUCCGCGGGCCUCCGGGCCCGACAGGGUCACGAUGCUCGAUGGCCCCGAGUCCAACCACAAGUCCAUCAUGGAGGCGUUUGUGGCGCGCAAGAUCGACGCCGUUGCGGCCGGCGGCGACUGGGGCGGCAAGCACAGAAGCAGCAUCUCGCCGCCGCCUUCUGUCGUCUGGCGCCGCCGUCACCGGUCCUCCGAGUCCGACGCCAGCAGCAUAGCUUCCUCGGCCUUGUCCAUCGCGCCGCCGUCCAUCAUGAGCAUCAGCCCGCCGCCGACCGCGACCCUCAGUCCAACUUUUACCAUCUCUUCGCAUGAGCAGCACGGCUGGGCCACGCCAAAGAUGCGCGCUCGCGGUAUGUCUAUCGCCUCGCUUGAGGCCCCCACCACGCCUACUUCUAUCGGCGAGUCGGCCUUGCCGGCAAAACAUCAGUCCGUCAUGUCCAAGCACCAGUCCAUUAUGAAGCCGCUACCGCCACUACCACCCCAGCAGCAACAGUCCGGCUUGGGCGAGAUCACCAUCCCGCAUAGACCAAAGCGGAGGAAGCACCGGCAGUCGUGGGACUCGGGCUACCGCUCGCAGAUGAGUGGGCCUCACACGCGGGGCAAUUCUGUCGACGAGAGCGGCGCCGCCUGGCCUUCGAUCCACCGACAGCAGCAACUAUUAAGGGAUAGGGAGGCCAUGCCGCCGCCUGCCCCGCCGUCGGAGCAGCCGGAACAGCAACAGCAACGGCAUAGCGCCCCAUCCGUCAACCCGGACGCGCUCAACAUCCUUGAGUCGUCGGCCCCGGCGCCCUCGAGUCCACUUUCGUCAUCAGACUCGGAGGACGAAGACGAAGGGAUUGACGUCGAUGAGGCCUCGUCCGAUACCACCAUGCCAGCCGAGGAUGCCGCUGGCCGGGUCCUCAACUACGCGCUGGACGUGGCCCUCGGGCUUGGAGCGCACGAAAUCGACGACGACCCGACCUGCCGGAACGUCGUCAACAACUUCUUCAGCGACCUGCAGUGGGCAGUCAAGAAGUCCCAGCAGCAGCAGAACGACUCGGAUCAGCCCUCAAGGACGGUCUCCAGCGCGUCCAAUGGGAGCAGGGGGAGCCGGCGGUCGACGGGUAGAAGCAAGCGCAAGUCGCGCGAGGGCGCCGGCGAGGACGGUGGGGAAGACGGUACCGAGGAGGGAGGCGGCGGUGGGGGUUCCAAGCAGCGGGAGCCCGGGCCGGCAAAGCGCGCCAAGCUGGAGUCGCCAGUCCGGAUGAGUUGUCCAUUUAGGAAGAAGAACCCGCUUCGGUUCAACGUCCGGGACCAUCGACUGUGUGCUCUGACCGUGUUCACAGACACUGCCGAGCUACGCCGCCACAUCCAGGACUGCCACAAACGCCCAAACAACCUACCCCAGCACCGCUGCCCGCGGUGUCAAACCCAGUUCUCGACCGCCGCAAAUCUGCGCGAACACCUCUUGUUCCGCAACAACGUGCUCUGCGAGAUCGUCGACGCCAGCACUGCUGCCGACGCUGAACUGAUCCACAGCAGCGGCGGCGGCGACCGGAGUAGCACAGGCAGCAACCUCAGCAGCAACUAUCAGCCGUUCGUCGAUCCGGAGGACGGCAUCGAUCCUGCGACGGCCGAGAAGCUGCGGUCCAAAAAGGGUCGAGUAUCGGACUCGAUAGAGGUGCAGUGGCUCAAGAUCUGGGAGUUGUUGUUCCCGGACACCGAGGUCCAGCCGUACGACUACGUCGCCGUCAUUGAGCACCACGAGCUGCAUGCCAAGUACCGCGACAGCCUGCCUGUCCUGCGCGACUCGCUAUCCGCCAUCGGUCUGGGUGACAGGGGCCUCGACACACUCGACCAUAUCCUGACCAACCACCUGAUCGGUCUGUUCGAGCAGUGCAAUGAGGAGGGGAGGAGGAAAGACUACCGGAACAGGUACAGACAAUCGGCUAGGAGUUCAACGGCUGCUUCAGCCGCUCAGCAGCCACAACCACAACAACAACAACAGCAGCAGCAGCAACAACAACAGCCGGCCACACAGCUGCGCAAGCAAUCUUCCCUCCGGCAACGUCUGGCCGCCGCCCAGCGCGACUCUGGCUUCGUCGACGACGAAAGCUACAUGGAAGGCGGCUUCACGCCGGCGCUGACUUCAGACGACGGCUCAAGCCCCGGCUACGUCUUUGUCAAGCCGGGAGACAUGACCAAGUCGUCCGUGUCCCCGCCGCAGCACUUCCAAGGCUACUCUCCCGGAGUAGACAACAUGAUGCUCCCCGGUGCCACCCCCACGGCCGUCACCAUGGCGGGCGCGGCAGCAGCCGGCGGCAUGAUGGCUGCGGGAUCCUUUGCCGCCGACCCGUGCUUCUCCGACUACUUUGUCCCAGCCGGCCACGAGAGCGGCGACCUGGGCCUGCAGUACGGCAGCCUGGGUGACUUCCAGCCGUUUGGACAGGGGCUGGGCGUAUACGGUGGCGGCGUCUCUGGCGCUGAGAUGCCCUGGAUGACGCCCAUGGCCAUCGGGGCCGACGAGGGAGAUCUCGGUGCCGGCCAGCACGACAGCACGAGCGCAUGGGUUUACGGACAGCCUUCGUGAUUUCUUUUCAUAUGUUUUAGUGUGUUGUAAUGGGGAAAACGUGUUUAAUGGGAAAGCGAGGGGAAAGGGAAAAAAGGAGCGGAAAAGUGUGUGAGAAUCAUGUGCUUGGUUAUGUGUAAUGGAAAUCCAAUGUAUAAACGACGCCGCCGAGCUGUGGCAUGUCCUCUGUUCUUUUGUCCUUUUCUUUGUGUCACACUUUCGGUUACCGGCGGGGCAUGAUCUGGUCUGCCCGGGUAUAAUAUAUAAUACAUAUCCAUGUUCAUUUGUUGAGAGUCUGGACACUCGCAUACAAUCUAGAUAAUCAUGAAUUGUCAUCAUGUUGUCUGUGCUG